GAGAAGCCGAAGUUGGCCUCGGAGAGCGAAGAAGAGGCCAAGGAAGCGUCCGAGGAGGCCGAAGCGAAAGAAGGCUCUGAUGAUGAGAAAGAAAAGGAUGCCUCCGAGAGCGCGAAGCCUGCAGCUGGAGACGAUUCUGAUAGUGAUGAAAAACCUGCAGAGCAGAAGGAAGACUCCGACAGUGAAGAGAAACCUGCGGAGCAGAAGGAUGACUCUGACAGUGAAGAAAAGCCGGCGGCGCAGAAGGACGACUCUGAUAGCGAGGAUAAGGAAGCUGAACAGCCCAAGGAAGCCUCUGACAGCGAGAAAGAGGCGGAGGCCAAAGAGGAUUCUGAUAGCGAUGGGAAGAAGAAGGAACAAUCAGAGGCCUCUGCGAGUGAGAAGCCACGGAAGAAAAAGAGGAGGAUCAAGAGCUCCUCCUCGGAGGCCAAACUCAGAAGAAGAAAGGAGCACAAGCGAAGUGGCAGCAAACGUAGACGCAGUCGCUCCAAGCGCCGCAACCGCAGUCGCUCCAAGCGCCGCAACCGCAGCGCGCGCAGCGACAGUGCGCCCCGCCGGCGGCGGCAUCGAUCCGCGAGCCGGGCCCGGCGCAACCGUUCGGAGGGGCGUCGCAGGGAGAAGAAGGAGAAGGAGCGUGCCAAGUCGGAGCGCAAGUCGCUGCGAGCGCCCAAACCGACGCGCGCCAAGUCCGAGAGCUCCAAGUCGGAGAAGGUGCCGGUCGGUUGGAGCGUCUCCCAGUUACGAGGCGCAAAAGGUUCAGCGCUCGCCUUCUCCUUCGAAAGAAGAAGAAGAAAAGAAGAAAAAGCUCGAAGAGGAGAAGGCAGCCAAGGAAGCUGA